GAGUUUGUUUAUUUAUUUAUUUUCUCUUGCAUGGGGGGAAGAAUUUUAUUACCAAAGAAAGCCUGAAAAACCAACGGCUUAUGGAAAUGAACAGCUGAAUCCGAACAUCUUUGCCAGAGAGGGAGCUUUGGGAACACGAAUCCCACUGUGUUGAGCGUGACCCAGCAUGGCGAUCCCAAAGUGUGCUUGGAGAGCUGGGCCUGGUGAUGGCUUCCACUCAGCCUUGGAAAUCCUUUGCCUUUAGGACAGGAGGCAGAGCCCAGCUUAUUGAACCUGACCCCCAGAUGGAGUACAGGGCUCCUCGCUCUGCCCAGAGCUCAGGCUGGGAGCUGUCAGCUGCUUCAGACCACAUUGUUCAAGCAUCUCGGUAAUUCCGUUAGGCAUGACCCAGGGAAAACCUAUGAGCGUGCAAUGGAUGGUAAGGGUGAGUGCUGAUCCCAGGUAAUUGGUCUCUCCUGGAGCAGCCUGCAGAGCCCUAUGGCCAGGCUUAUAUGCCAAGGAUGUAGCUGGUCAGCUCUGAGUGAUAGAAGUCUGCUCUCUGGGUGCUGGGAUUGAAUUAGGCACCAGCAAGAGACAGAUGUUAUUGGAUUUAUUAGAUAGUGAGUAGGAGGAAGACUGAAAGCAGAGGAAGAGAAAUGUCUCCCUGCUGACCUUGGGGCUGGCAUUGUGUUUCUUGCAGUGCAUUGAGGUGGGUGCAGUGUUUAUCUCCCAGGUGAUGUUGGAGCAGUGAGUGCCAGUGUUGCCUCAUGGAGUACUCUGUAUUGCUGCCCACCCCAAGAGUGACUCAGCUCUGGUCUGGGACUGCCACAUUCAUCACUGUCUGCAGGAAGACGUGCCAUGAGAGCUGUGCUGCUGAGCCUGAUGGUGGGAAGCUGCUGCCAUCGAUAAUUAACACUGGGCUCCUAUUGCCAAAAUGAAUUCACUGAGUGUGAGAGAGACGGGAUGGAGCGAGACACGCACAGCCACAGGCAGCAGGAGCUUAUGGUGUUUGACACAGGCAUGGCACAGCCCCACCAGGAUCGGUGUGGGGGUGGCUCCCUGUGAGUGCACAGGGACGCUCUCAGUCCAGGACUGCCUCCUAUUCCUUCUGCACCAGCCUGCUUCUCCCUGUUGCCUGUUUUCCUGCAACACUCCCAAGGAUCUGCAAGAGGCUUUGGGGCCAGGAGCCAGCAAGUGUAUUGCCACAUGGGGCUGGAGAGUUUGGUGACAACGGGAACACAGAGCAGGGACACUGUGUGAGCCCUGGCUGCUGGCAGAGUAAGGUGCCUUGAGCUGCUUGGCCAGCCAGGAGCUUGGAGCAGAGCUCCGAGGAGCAGGGCUGCCAGCUGACCUGCGGCUCCUUCACAGCCUGCUUCUCAAGUGGGGACACAGCAUCCUGUGGUGCCCACGCUGAUGUCUGCCUGCACCUCUCUGGCAGGCCUGCUCCCCUAGUGCUGGUGCGAGGCUCUCACCAUGGUGCUGCCACCACCCGACAAGCGCCACGUCUGCCUGACCACCAUCGUCAUCAUGACCAGCAUGGCCUUCAUGGAUGCCUACUUGGUGGAGCAGAACCAGGGCCCUCGCAAGAUUGGGGUCUGCAUCAUCGUGCUGGUGGGGGACAUCUGCUUCCUCAUCGUGCUGCGCUACGUCGCGGUGUGGGUGGGUGCAGAAGUGAAGACGGCCAAGCGGGGCUAUGCCAUGAUCCUGUGGUUCUUGUACAUCUUUGUGCUGGAGAUCAAACUGUAUUUCAUCUUUCAGAACUACAAAGCGGAUAAGAAGAACCUGGAGACAGUAGCCAGGAAAGCCCUGACUCUACUGCUCUCUAUCUGCGUGCCGGGGCUCUACCUGGUGCUGGUGGCCUUGGACAGUAUGGAGUAUAUACGGACCUUUCGGAAGAAAGAGGACUUGCGGGGACGCCUCUUCUGGGUGGCCCUCGACCUGCUGGACAUCUUGGACAUCCAGGCCAACCUGUGGGAGCCCCAGAAGAAGGGGCUGCCCAUCUGGGCGGAGGGGCUCAUGUUCUUCUACUGCUACAUCCUCCUCCUGAUCCUGCCUUGUGUGUCCCUCAGUGAGAUCAGCAUGCAAGGGGAGCACAUUGCCCCGCAGAAAAUGAUGCUCUACCCCGUCCUCAGCCUGGUAACCAUUAAUAUUGUUACCAUUUUCAUCCGGGCCAUCAAUAUGGUCCUGUUCCAGGACAGCAGGGUCUCCACCAUCUUUAUUGGCAAGAACAUCAUCGCCAUUGCCACCAAAGCGUGCACCUUCUUGGAGUACAAGAGGCAGGUGAAAGAGUUCCCCCAGAACGCCAUCGCCCUGGAGCUCCAGCAGAACUCCCUGUCCCACAACCAGACCAUCCACAGCACGCAGGGCAUCCCCCAUGAGCCAUCACCCACCAGUGAGAUCCUGGACACAUGAUGGGUGGUGGCUCAGGGCCUUGGUUCCGAUACUCCGUGCUGAGUGGAGGAGAGGUGCUGCUGCUCUCUGGCUGCAUAGGUUGAGCGUGAGGGACAAAUCCCAGCAGUGAGGGCUCUUCUAGGCACGAAACACCAACCACAUUGUAAUUGAGCUAUGGAGUGUCCCCUAGACGUCUUCAUCUCAGGUAUAACCCUAGGAGUCCUCCAAUCAAACCAAAUGAACUUGUGAAGGACCCAAACCAGCUAAUCUUCUCUCUCCUCCUGCCAACCUCUCCCCUCCCAGGCAAGGACCGCUGAGGUUGCAGUGUCCCUUUCUACUCCUGGAGCACCUCAUCUUGACCCCAAGUCUGGAAUGAAGAUUUUAUUACUGGAGACCUUUUUAUGUUGUAGGGACAGGGCCAUGGGUGUAUGGGCUGGGGGGAGGGUGAGGUGUCUGAACCCAUCAGUCCUGUGAUUGUAGAUGUCUCAUAUCCCAAUGAUCGCGUUUACAGUUUGCUAUCUAUAACAUCUCCCUGGGUCCCACAUCCCCACGGCAGGUGGCAGUGAGGACAGCCCCAACCCAGCUCUGCCAGGAGCAAUACGUGCCAAGCUGGAGCCAACCUCAUGCUGGUGUUUUACGGAUUUCACUCACUUGAAACGACUCAGCACAAUAUUUCUAUUUUUGGAAGGGUCUCUCUGUUUCGCUCCUGCCCUAUGGGCCCCUCCCAUGCCAGCACACGUGGGCACCGAGGAGGAUGGCAAUGAUGCGUUUCAUUCUGGCAUCAAGCAUUUGUAAAGAGGGCUGCUUUCCACAGCUACUAUAUUUUUAAAAUAAAAUAUUUCAAAUUAAAAAAAAAAAUUAAUAAUAAUAAUAAUAAUGAUGAUGCUUGGGAAGGCAGUGGAGAACUGGGAAUGUCCCCAGACUGUUGGACCACAAGGAUGUCCCCAGGUCUCCACUGCCCAAGUGGUGACAAGGGGCUCAGUCCCUCUGAGUAUGGCGGGGUGGGAAAUGAGGGCCAGCGGGACAAUAAAAGCCCAUUAAGAAUGA